AUCAAGAUCAAGAUCAAGAUGAUAGAAGCAGUGAGGGCAGCAGAAGAAAAGAAGAUGUGUGUGGCUGUGGUGGGGGUCCUGCGGCGCCCACGGGAAGGAGUGCAGUAUGAGAAGGUCAGAAGAGAAACGAACCGCAAGAUAUGCAUGGAACUCAUGAAGGUCAAAAUGGAAUGGAUGGCAGGGAAGAAGAGCAACGUGAGCUUCCUGGACAUGGAUGGGAUCCUCGACCAGGACAAAUUCUUCGGGAGAGACGGGGUCCACCUCAACCACAACGGGAAUGAGAGGCUAGGACGUCGACUGGCCGAGUGGAUGAGGGCGAGACAGGUGUGUUGUGUGGACGAGGCAUGACGAGGAGGACCCACUGAUGUCAGCGAAUAUGGAAGAAAAGAGACUAGCCAGAUUCCCAGCACAUUUUUUUCAGCGGCAGGUGAAGAGAGAUGUAAACUCGGACAUUCCACCGAAGAGAGAGUUGCUUGUGUACACCCCAGUGACUCCCCUCCAGCUCUCACUGUACACGGCAACUCUCACAAGCAACAUGGAGGCGUUUGUGUCGAAGAACCCACAGUGUGACCUCCAAGCCCAGGACCACUGCCACCGCACGGGCCAAAUGUCCCCAGUCCUUGUCCUCUGCCUGAUCACCGCAGCCAGCACUGACGAGUGGACAGUGGAGAGAGCAGGGACCAAACGCAAACUAGAGCGCUUGAUUAUCCGGUCUGGCAAGUUCCGAGACGCCAGCCAGGGAGACCGGAGCUUCCAGAGGGUGGUGGGUGAGGCGGAGCUGCUGUCCCUGCUGAAGCAAAACGACCACCAUAAGGAACAUAGGGCUAGCAAGGGCCAUGGUCACAUCACCAAAGAGGAGCUAAACCAACUGCUCCACAGAAGUGACCUGACCAAGAAGAAGAGAAGAAGCUGACUGGAGUUUUCAAGGUCAUUUUAGAAGAUUGAAAGGAAGAAAGGAAGAAAAUUAAUAAAAGGAUAAAUAAUGAAGAAAAAUUAAUAGAAAGAGGAAGAAGGAUGUAAAGGAAUGACAAAUUUGAUUCCUUUAAGGCAAAGCAUGUUUCAAUCAAGUUCUAUGACAUUGGGGGUCGCAGCUUCUCCCACCACAGCACCAGGUUAGCCCCGCAUCCCCCCCACCUCCAUCACCACCACCAUCAUGACCACCACCAGGGUACGAGGAGAGAGCCCCAAGUCCCUCCAUUCAACUACUACUACUACUACUGCUGGUGGUGGUCAUGACUAUCAGGUGUCAAGAAGGACCCCCAGUGUGGAUAAUCAGUCGUCGGUGGACUCCAGGGGUCACAGAAGGAUUUAUGCAGGAGAGUGAAAGACUGCCUGCUGCUGCCUUGAUGCAAGAAAGCUUAGGCCACCCCACCUCACCCAUGUCUUGACAGUUAAUUCAUGCUGCAGCCCUGCCCACCAGUCCCUUGAAGCCUGGGGAGUCAGGAGGGACCAGCAGGUGAUCAGUGUAGGAGUGGAGAGCAAUGGACUGGCAGGAGUUGAAGCCGUGCUGAAGGAGAUGGAGUGGAUGGUGAAACCUGGUGCCGGUCAACCCAACAGAGUCUCGGCAGAAUUGGGUCUUCAUUCGUCAUGGAUGGAGUGGAGGACAAACCCUGGUGCCAGUCAACUGUCCUCAAGUGAAGUGUUAUGACUGAAUUGGGCCAUCAUAGAGUGAAAAUGAUGCAGCUCUGUUCAGCUCUGUCAACACUGUGUCUUCAAAGUGCAAGUGGAGUCCUGAUAGAAGUGGAGAAGUGGGUGGCCUUUGCUGAAUGUUGCAGAACCUGAGCUACACAUCAGCCCAACACUUGUGGGCGGUGGUCUAGUGGUGUUGCUGUCCUGAGGCUGGGAAACUCUCAAUUCCAGCAUCCAGCAACCUUUUUUCUGCAUGGAAAGGCAUGUGCAAACUUCAGAAACUGCUUGUCAUGUUGAAAGAAUAAAAAUUUUGUUGUAAUCUGCCUUAAGCUCAAAAAAAGAGUUGAUGUGGUUGGUUUCAAUUUCCCCCAGCAGUGAAGGAAGGACCUGGUCAGAGUCUAAGCUGUGAUUUGCACAUAGAGGCCACAUCUCUCCCUUCAGUCAGGGAGGGUCAGAAUUCUAUAGACACCCUGACCCGGGACCUCUAUGUGGAAAUUGCAUCUUAAACUUGGUCUAUAUAUAGACUUACGUCAUAGGUCAUCGUUCCUUCACUGCUGACCAACCACAUCAACUCGUCUUUUUUUUUUCCAUUUUUUUUUCCCCAAGGACAAUGACCAACCACAUCAACUCCAUUUUUUUUUUCUUUACUCACUUCAAGAUACAGAAGACAGAAGGUUAUAUGAAAACUAUUAUAUACAAGGCAGCAGUUGAUGACUGAUGGCUGUUAGGUGAGGCUGGGAUGAGAGGGUGUUGCAGGUGAUGUUCCCAGGUGAGGUGGAGAGUGGUGUCACCUUGGCACACACUGAACAUAAUGUAUCUUCCAUCAGAAAAGAAUAUAAAUAAAUAAAGGUAGAAGAAACAAAAAAGAACAAGAAAAGCUGAAAAAAACAUUUCUAACAGAAUAACAGAAAAAAGCAGGAUAGAAGAUAUAGGAAAAAAAAAAAAAAUACAGAAAUAAAAAAAAAAUAACCUCUCUCUCUCUCUCUCCCCCACACAACAUUCCUUCUCUGGGCUCCUGUACUGCUCCUUACAGCCACUCUCUUCCUGCAGAAUGAGCGGUGUCCUUCAGUGGCCUCAUGGCCCAGUCCUGCAGGAUGUACUGCUCUAGAGUCUGUCACUGCCACCCACUGCCAAUGAGUGUCCUUCACCAGCCCGGACAGGUCCAGAUUUUCAAUGACAUGCUGUUGGGAAACACUUGCUGAGAUCACUUAAUGAGAUCAGGGACAGAGAGAGAGAGAGAGAGAGUUUCCCUAAUCCUUUAAUUUGAUCACUAUCAUCCUCUAUUUUUCUUCACCUCUUUUGUUUAUCUUACAUUUUGACUUCUAAUGAAGCAUAAGUCUGUAUUUUACUUGUAUUAAAUUGCCUGCCAUUAA